AUGGAGACUGCAAGGAAGAUAAGGAGACACAAAAUACUUGCAUAUGCACUGACUGCGGUGGAGGCCAUGGGGCUGUCUGUGGUGGUUAAACAGGCCGUCAGGAAUCCGCUUAGAGUUCUUUUGAAUCCACCGAAGGGCCUUGUGCGAGGUCUGUGUUCCAUCCCUACUAUUAUGCUAUGGAUUGCCAUAUACAUAUACCUUUCGGGGAAAGUUGCACAAGAAGCAGGAAGGCCUCGGACGGUCAUCUUCUUCUAUCAUCUUACCUCACAGAUAAUGUUUUUGGGGUACCUUUCCAAGCCGGGUUCAGAUGUUGGAAUGAAUAGUAGAUGGGUCACGCUUAUACCAACAAACGGAUGUUCUGUAUACAGCGUGGCUCUUUCCAUAUCCUCGGCAACACUCCAAACAUAUAUUGAGGAGAUUCUAUGGAUGAAGCCAAGAUACACACGAGUUAGAGGAUUGUUCAACUACAUGGGAAGAAGUAUAGGAGUGAUGGUGCGAGACAUGUUUUAUCUUUGUAUUGGCAGCGAGUUCAUGGCAAUAGGUGCUCUUACGAUGUGCUUGGUAGUCUCGAAGACUCUGUUUCCAUGGUCACGCCUUGGACCUUUCUGGUUAUUCCAGGGAACAGCUUGGAGGAUGUCUGGGGGGUUUUUGGCUGCCAACAUCUCUACUGCUGCUUAUUUUCUUCUGAUGAGUGCCAUUGAUAGGCUUCUAACUUACAACAUGUCACUGAUGAAUCUUGGCUUGGGCGACUACUGCUGUAACGAGGAGGAGAGCAUCAACACCUCAAGACUGAGGUUUUUCCAGAUAUCCGAGCUUUCAAUGAAAUAUCCCGAGGUUUUCAAAAAGGUGGCAAGAUCAAACAAAGCUGUUUCGUCCCUUGGGCUGUAUGUCCGUAGAGAAGAAAGAGAGAUUUUAAAGAUCAUGGAAACGAUGAGGAGAGAGAGGGAAACACUUGAGUCCCGAAUGUGGUUUUCUGUUCCCCAGAUCACCCAACCUCUAGACAAACCAAAGGCGUUGGUUGUUCAAAGAAAAGUUCAGUUUGUAAAGAGAAUAAGAUCGUAUAAUUUCAUUGAGAUUCUUGCAUCCAGGAUCGUAUACUUCUUUAAGAUACGUAUUUUGAUUAAUAGAUACAAGGGCACCAGAAGACCGUUCCUUCUGGUAAAGAGCUUUAUGAAGUUUCUAGAGAAAUAUAGAAGGGACUACCUACUUCUCAAGGAUCUUGACGAGACGUUUGAGGCCUCGAUGAAGAAUCUGCACAACGAAAUCUCCAACACCGAGGAGGUGAUUGGGAUUGGUCUGGAGUCGGAGCUGUUCUGUAAGUAA